GGCGGAACCAUCGUGCAGGAGCUCAUGGUGGUGGGGGAAUGAAUUAGGGGACGGACACCUGGUCCAUUGGCUUGCCAGUCCCCUGUGCAGUGAGAAGGUGGGUGACAUUGGGCAGGGUAGUGGAAGAAAUGCAGUUUAUUAUCCCUGUGUGCAACUUAAUAUGAUUUAUUGUGCUGUUUCAGAUGCUGCCAGUCAGAAGCCAGGCGUUUAUAAGGCAGACCCUGUCUGUGUGCAGGUAACAGUGUGACAGUGCUGGAGGGCAGGGGUGGCCAGUAUGGCUGUCAGUAUGGUAGUCACAUGGAAGAGGGGGAGAGAACAAGGAGGGGGAGAGAGAGAGAGAAAGAAAGGAGAGAGAAAGGGGGAGAAGAGGGAAAGGGGGGAGAGAGAGAGAAAGAGGAGGGGGAGAGAGAGAGAGAGUGUGUGUGUGUGUGUGUAUAUAUAUAUAUAUAUAUAUAUCUGUGGGACAUGGUUUAUGGGCUGUUGCAUAAUAAUGGUGAUAAGGAGGGGACCUGCUAAAAGUAAUGACAUAAUGGAAUGCCCAUAAACAAUAAUAAAAAGUGACUAGAAGGCCCGUAGAGAAUAAUGGAAAUCAAAAUAUUUGAAUUAGAGACAAAACUAUAAGACAUAUCAAAUAAAACGUUAGCAGACAUAGUCUCCAAGACCGGUGGAAUUGUUUAAUAUUGAGAUUAAGUGGGAUUAUUGUUUUUUAUGGAAUGACAAGGGAGAACUGAACCCUCACAAAUAAAGUCUUGGGUAGGUAUUUCUGGCACAAAUGGUAAAAAAAAUUGUCACGAAAAGACUCUCACUGAUUUAAUUGAAUGAGGUUUUCACACAAGAUCAGCAAUUUAGAAAACGUUUCCAUUGGUUUGGUGAUUUUACUCAUAACAAGACUAUUUGUCUUAUUUGAAUCAAUAAUGGGCAUACAUAUCAUUUCCUGUGUUUUUGUGUUUUCUUUUAGAUUUACAGGAUGCUGGCAGUUUCAGCAUAGUGGUUCUGGUAAGCAUUCUUAUCUAGAACUGUCAUUAAAAAAUGAAUUGUAAUAUAAAUGAGGGUUUAAAAUUGAGCAAAAAGGAGCCACAUGUUGGGAAGGGGAGUCUUAGUUUUUACAUGCAGCAGUAAAAAAACUGUCUGGUUGUUCUAGAAAUAAGCUCUACCAAGUAGAGCUGCAAGCAAUCCAAUUUGUUUGGUUAUAAAUAUAACCAUAAUUUUAUAGGAGGAUUUACCCACAUAUAUACUGAUCGCAGCUCCUAUGUGCUAUUCUGUUAUACGCAGUCUAGUGGUUAAAACACAAAAUUGAUAUAGGCAGCCCAAAGGGAGACCGGAUUACCACUGCUUGAUUGACAACUGCGGGUAGAGAAGUAACUUUUAAACAUUUCUGAAGUUAUAAGGGACUCUUAGUGCCGUGUUUUAAUAAUGCAAAUGGUGCACGGAGUGAUCCUUAAUAAUAAAAUAAACAUUUGUUAUGUAGCUGUGUCAGAUUUUUUUUAUUAAUAUUUUUAUUAAGCGAGAUUCCACCAAUUUAAGAUGGGUAUAGUCUAAAGAGGGAAAAAAAUAUCCAUCAAUAUGUACAACAGAUUAUUUUCACAUUGCCAAAUAAAAAUUUAAAAAUUAUGUAUGUAUACACUGCAGGAAGGCAGUGUUUUUAGACACUAAUCCGCUUCACAAGAGUUUCUGCUUACCCAAACCCAGUUAUGAAUAUAAGUAAGCUCUAAAUUAUUGCAUGAUUAUUGUAACAACAUGAAGACCUCAGACCUUGCUACAUUAAAACUCUGUCCUUUCAUAGUGUUAACACAUGUCGCCUUUAUUGCAUUUCUAUGUAUGUAUAUAUUCUUGUUUGAUUUGGAGUGUAGGAACAUGAUACACAGUGAGGAUAAGUUUAUCAAGGAUUAUAACUGAUUGUUUCUUCUUACAGAUGUCCUGAAGCAGAGCACCGCCAGACAUUACCGUUCACAACCAACACAUGGUAUUGGCAGAUAUCGACACUUACUACCGCCAGAGAAAGUAAGGCCUGCCUGCUUUCUGUUUAUUGUGAAUCUUCACUGUGAUUGGUCAUAAAAGGCAUAAUGAAUAAGCUCCAACUUCAUCAACCUUGUUAUUUUGUUGGUAUGUGAAGUGUGAAGUAUUUAUUUAGUAUUCGUAGAUUGUUCAUCUUAAAAUUAGUUUGUCAAGUUAUUACAUCGGGAUAUGUGUGCUACUUUUUCAAAUUGUCAGUGAGUUAGUUUCUUGCUGUUGGGAGUAUAUCCUCACUGAUUAUAUUAACCAGAGCUCAAAAUUUCCACUAGCCAUUGGUCUUGGUGAGUAUGAAGGAGACCCUCCAGGAUUGCAAUGGCAAGUAACUUUUAACCCCUUAAGGACCAAACUUCUGGAAUAAAAGGGAAUCAUGACAUGUCAGACAUGUCAUGUGUCCUUAAGGGGUUAAAGCCCGGCCAGUCGUGUAAGACUUAAAAUUUUAAGCCUUGAAAAAUUCUUUCAGAACACAAAUGGUUUAAUGGAGCUGUUUUGUACCACUAGGACCCCAAAAAGAAAGGCAAGCUUGCAACCAAGGAAAUAAAACCCAAGUCAGACUGUGAGUAUGGAUUUGUGAACCUUCAGGUGUCCGGAUAUAACAUGACACUUGUCGAACACUUCACCCAGUAUAUCCAUAAUUUCUGCAACCGCUUCUCCAUCAAAGUAGAGGAAAGGUCUGUGAUGUUUUAUUUGUUACUAUUUCUUCUACAUUACUGGAUACAUUUUAUUUUUAUUUUCUCUAGAAUCAAGGAAUCUUUUAUAUUAAAUACAAAAUUAUAAUUUCUUUGUGUUGGGUAUCGGAAACAUUUUGCUAAAUUAUUUUUUAAAUCGCUUCAGUUCCUUAGAAAGACACAGAAGGAGAAGAUAAAAGAAUAAAGGGGAUAUCAAGGGAAAUUUAAUCUGGUAGUGCUUAGGUUUAUUUCCCAGAGACAACUUGUACGGGCUGAUAUUAUUUAAUUACUAAGAGCAACACAAACGUUUUCUUCAAAGUGUCCAAGAAGCUGCAGUGGGAUGUUUUUUAAGGUUAGAGGAAGCGGAUAUCAUGUUACGCAUAGCAUAGUUGUGUGUGUGUUGAUGAAUGAUUGGAUGCCAUUGUAGCAUAUGUGAUAUUGGGAUUUUAUGGAGACAUUUCCUGGGUAGUAGCAUUGGGUAGUAGAUUUUUUUUUUUUUAUGAGGCUGUUACAGUAGAAGUCAAUUUAUUUUACCUCUUUGCCAAAGAAAGAGGUCAGUGAAUUUCUUAACCCCUACGAAACAUGCGUAAACCUGGGGAUUGCAAUGAAAUGCUGAUAAAGAAAAAAUCUGUUUCCGUCUGCAACUGAAAAUCUAAUAUAUGGGUUCAAUUGAUUUGUUUGUAAGUAUUUUGAGAUAAAAUGUUAGAGCCAUGCUAAUAAGUUCUUUGUUUUAUCAGCUAUGCCAACCCAACAAAAACCACUGAAGUCAUGCUCUUACCAGAACAUGGUAACAAAAUGUUUGUAGAUUCCGUUCUUACAUUCCACGAGAGAGUCAUCCAGGUGAGACAGGAUUGGGCGGAGAAUUUGGAUGUUUCACAGUCUGGAGGGGGGAACAGGAAAAAAUAUACCCAUUUUCUGUCAAAGUGAAAAAUGAGAAAUAUUUAGGGACAAAGGAUUUGCUUUCUUCCUCAUUAAAUUAUUGAUUCCAGUUCGUAGGGGAAGCAUUUACAAAAUAUAUAGCUUUUAUAUUUCCAGAUAGGUACUAAAGAUAUGUACUGGUAUUGUUGUCAGAGUCCCAGAAUGACUUUCAGAAAGGCUUUAAUCCCCUUCAGGAGUUGAAUGCAUGAAAAGCCUGCCUUAAAAACAUAUUUGCCUAAUACUGGUCCUUAAGGGGUUAAAUGUGCCUGUGGAUCAGUUUUGCUGCAGUUAGUCGUCUUGUGAAACUGCAGGUAUUAAAAUGUCAUUUGGCCUUAUGGAACUACAUUCUCCCACAUCCAUUCAGCAUAGCCCCUCUAAUUUGUUUACCAAAGUCAAAAAUAAUUGAGAUAUGAUCACUAGCAAAUCUUAAUAGAUUUAACAUAUAUGAGGGAUGGAACCAAACCUCAUUUAUCAUUGUGCAGAUAGCUGUCCAGUGCUCUUCUCGUAUACAUUGUCUAUGCUGAAAGGUUGGCAACCAAUGGAACUUAGUGUUACAGCGUGUAUAUGAAGCAUGGCUGGACUAUCAACCCUAAUAUGUUCCUUCAUCGAUAAUUCGGACAUCACAAAAAACAGAUCAUAUUUUAUCUUAGAAGUUCUCAGCCAAUUUGUUUUAUUUUUUUUCUUCAUUUAAGUCCAGUUUUAUGCCCUGUUCUCUGACGUAUAUAAAAUAUUCACUUAAUGUAUACUUUGUGUAAAAUCUCUAGCAGUUUUUCUCAAACCGGUCCUCAAGACCCACCAAAAGUCCAGGUUUUGUCAGUAUCUCCAUUGGCAUAAAACAGGGAAAUACAUAAAUCCUGAAUUUGUGGUGUGCCAUGAAGACUGCUCUUUGGAAGGAAUUUUGGGGUUUUGACUGUUAAUUUUUAUUUGUUAAGGUGAGUGGAUUGAGCUCCACGUUCAGUCCUAUUCUUAUUGAAGUCCUAUUGAUGAACCAGCCUGAAGGUGUCAAUCUUCUGGUGAAGGAGGUUAGUGAAUAGCCCGUUCCCUGGGAAUAAAUGUUAAAGGAACACUCCAAACACCAAAACCACGAAGUUCAAAUGUUAUCCCUUCAUUGUGGGGAGGCUAACCCGUGUAGAAUAGUUUGACUUCUUACCUGGGGUCUUCUGCUAACUCUUAGCCAAUGAGCUAUCCCCGUUUGAGAGCGUCAGACCCUCUACAGGAAAUAGUGGCGGUGAAGUGCAGCGCCAGGUACAAAGGUAAGUUGUCUUAAAACAUUUUGACUUUGUACAAUUGGGUGGGGGGGACCUAUGGCACAAUAACUGCUAUAGUGAGCUGUAGUGUUUAUGGUGUUUGGAGUGUCACUCGAGGUACGUGGGAAAUGUUUGUGCUCAAUAACGCUUUAAGGGUAAAAUAACUUACUUGGCUUAAUAUGGAUGAUGGAAAUUAUCCAAAUAAAAUCUACACCAUCUGUUUCCUUUUUUAAUUGAAAUCAGAGAAAUAAAAUAUUUUAUAUGUGCCACUGUGCUCACUCUUCCUAUAAAUCAUCAGAUUUUCUCAUGACAAUACUGCACAUGGCUGAGUGUUUCACUGUAGUUUGGGCAUAGUAUUGAAUGCGCAGUGUUGCCUGGGAGUGUACGACUUGGAUUAAAUAUUUAGCAUUAUUCCAGCUAACUAUGAAAUAUUUCUAUAAACUUUUAAGGGACACUUCAGAAUGGGAUUGAUAGCAUAUAUAAUACAUUACAUAGAUACAUAAUUACAGCUGCAAAAAAUGCAACCUGCAAUAAUCUUCAUUCGUAAAAUCACUACUGAAUAUGUUCCCACAGGACAAUGGGAGCUGUGACCAGACAGAGUCAUGGUUUUUGUCAAUACAGAGGGGGGGAGGAGGGGGGUGGGGUGUCACGAGGGAGUGCCAGGAAUACAGCUUUUAAAACUGCCCAUCUCCCCAAGAUGGAGGAGAUAAUUUACUUCACCUGCAUGUUCUCCAUGUAAGCUGAUGCACACACACUACCAGUUCCCUCUUAAGCUCUGAAGAAUGCCCAAGCAGCAGCCACACUGUGAGCAAGCAUUCUGAUAUCGGAUCUGAUGAGUGGAACUGCCAUAUUUCAUAAAACAGCCCCAUAGCCCAGAAUGAAUAGGGGAGCCUUUUCCUACUAGGGGAGGUGUUUACCUGCUGUUUUAAAAUGAGUAGAAAUAUCUGUAAUUUUGUAACGGUUUUAGCAUAUUUUAUUGAAUACCUUAUAAAUGAGUGUCACUUUUCAAUUUUUGUUCCUUUUAUAGUCGCAGUUUUUGUUUGUGUGGCAUCCAUUCUAAUACCAGUGUCUAAUCUUUUUCCCCAGCACACAGAGGCAGAUUACCAAUCCAGAUUCAAGUCUCGUCCCGACCUGGAAAACCUAAUGGCUUCAAUUAAUUGAUAUUCUUUGAGAUCCUAUACUUAAAAUCAUGUUUUUUGUCACACUUGCUGUCGCCACAUUUACAGUAACCCACUCUUCACUGUCGCCUUCACAUCUGAGAUAUAUUAUAUAUAUAUAUAAUAUAUUUUAUUUUUAUUUUAUACUCCGCUGUUCAAGAGUUUCUACUGAAUACUCCUAAAUCUGGACCUUUUGCAAUACAUGUUUCCAACAAGUAUAUUAGCCUGUGGAUGGGGAAUGUUGGUGGGGAAACAGAAACCAGACUUAAAUGCCAUCACUUGUUGUGCGAGCAGAUACAUCUAGUCAAAGCAUGUUAGGUUCUUCAUUAAUGGAAUCCAAACCCCCAGAUGAUCAGAAUGAGUUUUCAUGUGGUUUUAAGACCCAGGGUUUGUUUAAAAAAAAAAAAAAACCCUAAUAUUUAAAUAAAACAUUUUCUAAAUGUUCUGUGUGAUCUCUUGGUAGCUGGUUCAUGCAUUAUCUUUC